GGACGAUGACGUAGAGGAAGUGAUGGUUGUAUCAAAGAAGGACAGGAAAAGAAGGUCGCUGAGUGUCGUUGUUGAAUCGUCAGGCGACCGUCCCCGCCGAAGUCCCUACAAGGUCAACCUGAAAAACGACCCAGGGUGCAUCGAUGCGAACCACUUCGAAUACAUCCAGAACCUCACCAAAGACGAUGGGGAGGAAUCUAUUCUCGCACGCAAGUUCGACAACGGGGAAGUCUACACCGUGAAACUCGUUAUGAAGUCUGGACAUGGCGCUGCUCGUCUUGCAGUCCGCAUUCGCAACGAGCAAAAAGCACUCAAGUUAUUAACGAAGCUCGAAAUUCCGUUCGUAAUCAGGUUGUGGUGGAGCUUCGAAGAUGAGAAGGCGAUGUAUCUAGUCACGGAUCGAACGGAUGGCAGAGAAUUGCGAACGGUCAUAGAACGCGAAGGGCCUUUGAGAGGCCAUAGUGCAAUCUUGUGUGCCGCUGAGCUAACCGCCGGUAUCCUGGGGCUCCAAGAACGAGGCCUCGUUCACACCAACCUGAAGCCGGAAAGUGUUCUGAUUGAUGAAGACGGGCAUGUCGUGAUCUCGGACUUCGGGAGCGGGAGAUUCCUCCGCGGCGACACUGCCACCUAUCGCGCCGAGACACGAUUACGGGCUCUCGAAGACGAAAUGUUCCAUGCGCCUGAACUAGUUCUGGGUUGGGACCAUGACUAUGGCGUUGACUGGUGGAGUUUCGGGCUCCUCUUGUUCUGGAUUCUCACUCGAUCGCACCCUUUCGUUAUUGAAGCGGACAAUAUGCACUCGGCCAUCUUGCACAGCAAAAUCCUCCACUCCAAGCUGAUGGAAGAUUACCCAGCUAUGGACGAUGGUGCAUAUCGCCUAGUUGCUAGGUGUCUUCAAAGGAACCCAGCACUGCGGAUUGACGGUGUGGGUGUGAAGAUGCAUGAGUACUUCCAUGACAUCGAUUGGACCAGCCUGACUACAAAGCGAUUGCCAGCACCGUUCUCUUCCCUUGCAAAGGACACGUUCACGUUUGUUGCAAUGGAUCCGGAAAGGUCCUCUUUAGGACAGCCUACUGCAAACCGUAUUUCCCAAGACUCUGGACAAUUCUCCUUCAGCUGGCAGCGUACUCUUCCUUCCAGCAGCUCGCUCCAAUCCACUUGGUCUCGGUCGGCUAGGCGGCGACGACAGAGCUUGCGUAUUGGCGAUGUGACUGUGAUACCGGCUCCGCCCAGUGCACCUGCGGACCCUCUUCCUGACGUUCCUAAAAACACAACGGACAACACUCCUCGGACGGCACCGCCCCCGCUACCUGUGGAAGACGCUCCCGAUGCUGAUGUUUCUAUCUUACCCAACCUUGACGAUACUCCGUACAUGGGUUCACCGACGCCUCUGGAAUCCCGUGUAGGCAGACUGCGCAAAUAUGCGAGCUUAAACUUCGACGACCUGGACAGCCUUGCAUCCACGGACUCGUCUAUUCCUGCAGCUGAGUCGUCUAGGCAGCUUGGACGUUCUGAGUCGACCACCCCGCUUCGCAAGACGAAAUCUAUUCUAGGCAUAUCUCUCGAGUCCUUCCGGGAUGUGGACGACAGCGCUAGCUCUGGAUCUGGCCGUUGGACGAAGAAACUACGCAAGAGAUCUCAGGCCGGUACUCCGAUCCCAAAGGCACAAACGCCCGUUAUUCCGCCAACUCCUGCUAUACCACCUGCGGAGCUCCCGAGGGGCAUCGAGAAGAUCGGAAGUGGCAUCGGGUACAAUCACCGCGGACGUCGGCCUGCUCUAAACCUGGCUAGCCUCACGCCUCGGACCUGCCAUGCAAUCUUCUCUGGUCGUCGUUCUAGGAGCAAGCCGAAGCACGGCGAGUUCGGCUCGGAGAAGGACGGUGAGCGUAAGGGAGGACCAGCCGCAGGUCUAACGCCGUCAGCCCGAGGCGUUCACGAAUUAGAACGAGAGCAAGGACAAGACGAGGACCUCGAGGAGGACCUGAUGGACGAGGUUAUGCGAGAGGUAUACGGAGACGAGUGGAAUGCAGGGGCGUCCCCGGAUCCGGAUACGAGUGGUGCAGGGAUGCCUUGGGGCGAUGUACUGGCGCCGAACACGUUUGCGGGGGACGCGUCUUUCGCUGGGGCGGACUCUACAUUGAGGCUGGUUACUUCGCCCUCGACGCCGAUGUUGCGCUGAGGCACGGGUUUGGCUGUGGUCGUAUUGCACUUCUCUUCUUCACCAG